AUGGGAUCGGCCUAUCAGUUCCACAGCUGGAGGGUGUUUGUCAUUGUGUGUGCCCUGCCUUGUGUAUCUGCUGUAGUUGCACUCACCUUUAUGCCUGAAAGUCCGCGCUUCCUUUUAGAGAUUGGAAAACAUGAUGAAGCUUGGAUGAUCCUGAAACAGAUUCAUGACACAAAUAUGCGGGCCCGUGGACAACCAGAGAAAGUCUUUACCGUUCAAAGAAUCAAGACUCCCAAGCAAAUAGAUGAAUUAAUUGAAAUUGAGACAGACACAGGGACUUGGUACAAGAGAUGCUUUGUCAGGAUUCGCACAGAGCUGUAUGGUAUCUGGUUAACGUUCAUGAGGUGCUUUGACUAUCCUGUCAAAGAUAACACAAUCAAGCUAACUGUAGUGUGGCUCACUCUGUCAUUCGGCUACUAUGGACUAUCUGUCUGGUUCUCAGAUGUUAUCAAGCACCUCCAAGCUGAUGAAUACGCUUUAAGAGUGAAAUAUUUCCAUGGGGAAAAUAUCUCCAACUACAAUUUUAACUUCACUUUGGAAAAUCAGAUCCAUAAAAAUGGAGACUUCAUCAAUGACAAGUUCAUCUCAAUGAAGUUUAAGUCGGUGGUGUUCCAGGAUUCUCUGUUUGAGAGAUGUUACUUUGAAGAUGUCACAUCACUGAACACAUACUUUAGGAACUGCACCUUCAUAGACUCACAUUUUGUGAACACAGAUCUUGAAAAAUACAAGUUCACUGACAGUGAACUUAAAAAUUGCACAUUUGGUGAUAUGAAAGUUGGAUGUCAGAUCACCUUUGACGAUGAUUACAGUGCCUAUUGGAUAUAUUUUGUAAAUUUCCUGGGCACCUUGGCCGUUCUUCCAGGCAAUAUUGUAUCAGCUCUUCUGAUGGACAAGAUUGGCAGGUUAACUAUGCUGGGUGGCUCUAUGGUACUUUCUGGCAUCAGUUGCUUCCUCCUAUGGUUUGGUACCAGUGAGUCUAUGAUGGUGGGAAUGCUGUGCGUAUAUAACGGUCUUACCAUUUCGGCUUGGAACUCCCUUGAUGUAGUCACUGUGGAACUGUAUCCAACAGAUAAACGAUCCACAGGAUUUGGCUUUUUGAAUGCACUUUGCAAAGCAGCAGCUGUACUAGGAAACCUAAUAUUUGGCUCACUCGUUGGAAUCACCAAAGCCAUACCGAUUCUUCUUGCCUCAACCGUGCUGGUCUGCGGUGGUCUGGUGGGACUUCGACUGCCGGACACAAGAAACCAGGUGUUGAUGUAA